AUGUCGAAAGAUAUUAUCCUUAUCACUGGCGCUAACACGGGGAUCGGGUGGGAGACUGCUAAGGCAUUGCUUCAAUCUGAUAAACAAUAUCACAUACUUCUAGGAAGCCGGUCUACUGCCAAGGCAGCUGAUGCCAUUGCGAAGCUACUCGAAACUUCCCCAUCUACGCAAAGCUCCGUAGAGGGCGUACAAGUUGAUAUUACCGACGACGAGUCUAUUCAGCGCCUAGCAAACAUAAUUACCGUUACAUGGGGCAGAGUGGACGUCCUCGUGAAUAAUGCUGGGGUUGCUUUCGACGUUGUUAUCCCAACGGAUGCUACUAAUGCCGGCUCUGUGUUCAACACCACAUACAACGUCAACGUUUCUGGGACUCAUAUGAUGACUUAUGUCUUUGCACCUCUGCUUUUGAAAUCAUCAUCACCUCGCAUAUUAUUUCUCACGUCAGGCCUGUCGACCAUGGGAGGAUUUAGGAAGAGCCUGUUUCCGGUGGACGAUGUCGAUCUUGGUUGGCCGAAGAAGAAUUUGGCAACCGCGCAAGCUUAUAGGUGCAGCAAAGCCGCCCUCAAUAUGCUUAUGCUUAUCUGGCACUUUACUCUCAAGCAAGACGGAGUCAGGACUUGCGGAAUUGCCCCUGGACUCUUGGCGACGAGCAUGGUGGGAGAUCCGGAGCUAUUGAAGCAGCGUGGAGCCCAGUCUCCUUCUUUGGGUGGAGAAUUUAUUAAAUGCGUCAUUGAAGGCGAACGAGAUGGCGAUGUUGGGACUGUUAUCGCCAGAGACGGCAUUAUCCAACCAUGGUAG